AUGCAACGUUUGUGUUGCUGUCAAACAAAUAACGAAACGAUUUGCUCAUUUGUUGAUAUUUGCAUUUCGCAAUGGUCUUCGGGGCAGAAGAAGUCUGCCGAUGCUCCCCAUAAGAAUGCAGAUCUCGAGUGUGCUAAAGAUUUCGCAAUGGACUCUGCGAUUUCUACGACCUCUCGGGGCUUGAACUCCACUCGAGGAAACCAUAUUCCCCGCUGGAUGGCGAUGAUGUAA